UCUCCCACUGUAUCGCGAGAGACUGAUUGGGACAGCAGGCAGAGACAUAUUCAUAUACCUGCAACAAGAGCAGUUGCAAAACCCUUAUGAAUAAAUAGAUACCAUAUGAUUCAUCAAUACGUUUAGCAUCAACGGGGUACAGCUAGACGGAGAGGAAUGAAUAGUAAUUUGAAUACUGGCAGACACACUGCCUGCUUAGCAAUACAGCCAGCUAGCUAACCAGCAGCUCAAACUUGAUCUUUUUUUUUUAGCAGUGCUGGGCUAGCUAGUUAGCACGAGGCUUGUUCAAUAUACAUUUGCACUUAAACUUUUUCGGAUUUCACUCACGCCACCGAACAAAUUGCGUCUUUUGUGCAAAAAAGCUAUCUAACUACAUUGGCCUUGCGUUACACACUGGCCUGAAGAUGGUCACAAAUCCCUUCCACAGAAUCCUCGCAGAGCCUUAAAACCGGAGAUCACCUGAGAACCACCAUCAGCUCAGCCUGCUGCUCAUGACAUGUUUUAGUGUUAUUCCCCGAACAUAUAUUUACACAUUUUGUGUAGAAUGUGAACUAUUUUAGAGCACAGACGUUGGCGUUACAAAGUCAAAUCAUUUUCUUUAAAUGGGGGAAAACAAAUAUCAGUAAUUUUCAGGCCAUGUUUUCCGGUCAGGUUUUCCAAAUUCAUGUCUAUUGUAAAACCAUAGCCUGAUGAGCAGAUCGCGCGCCCCCCAAACACGCAUAGAUCACAACGACACUGAUGUCUCUGAUGAUCGGUUGGUCUUAAAUUUCUUAUUUGUUAGUCAUGAACGGCUCCCUCUUAACCCCGCCCAGUCCACGGGCUGCGGCUAAUUCGUCUCCCCUUCCACCCUCCCCGUCUCCAUCACCUUCUCCUCCAUCUCCAUCACUGUUGCCCCUCUCCACAAGACCCCCACCACUGCCUCCUCCAACUCCUGCAAGUCAGCCCUUGUCAUCGUUAUCUGAAACACCAACACCAUCUCCGUCUCCCUGCCUUAGCUGGACCGAGUUCUGUGAGCUCCACGCCCGAGUAGCCGCCGGUGACUUUGCCCGGCAUUUCCGGGCCUUCUUGCAGGAGAACCCUCAUUACUCCCCUGAUUCGGCAGCUGCUUUUUGCCGCCGCUUUACCGACAGAUUUGUUCGACAUUUCGAGAGUGAGCUCGAGGGGACCGGUGUCGGCAGGGAAGGAACGGUGAGCUGGGUUGCCCAACCCGACGUUACAUCGCUGGAGGAGGACGCAGCAUCUCCGUCCCUGUUGCCACCAGAAGCCACCACCCCAUGCCCGCCUACUCACACGCAGGCUGCGCCCAAACUGGUCUCGACCCAGGAGGGCUGCAGCACGGAGCGAUUCCAAAGUGCUGGAACAUUUCAGGACUCGUAUGCUCAUUCUCAGAUUCUCCCACCAUCCUCCUCCUCGUCAUGCUCUUCCUCUAUGGGCGGGAAUAAUGGGCGGAGGGAGGAGAGGGGGAUAGCGGUCAAACAUAACCAACCUGGAUACAAAGACCUGGAAGAAGAAGAAGACAGCUGGGUGGGGCCUGUCACCGUAGAGGAGGUGGAGACGGACGUAGUAGGAAGGGACAAUGAGGGCGAGGGUGAUACGACCUUGGAAAGAGCCGAUCUAGGUCAGACUCCGACAUGCCCCAAUCCCUCUAGCACACCAGCAAACUUUGGGUCAAAAGGCAAUGGGACACCCAUUGGGGGUCACUCUAAGAAUAAACUAAAAAAGCGGUUCUCUUUGCGCAGCGUGGGCCGCAGCGUCCGAGGGAGCGUGCGAGGCAUCUUGCACUGGCGCAGCUCCUCCAGUGACUCUCCUCAGAACUGCAUCUCGGGUAAUUCUGCCCCGCUUCCUUCCAGUUACAGCUACACUACAGGCCUGCAAGACGCCAAGAGGAACUCCGCCUCGCAGGGUGUUCCCACUUCUCUCCCUGUCUCUCUCUCCCUUCCCCUCUCUCUCCCUCACUCUUCGUCCUCUUCAUUGCCCCCAUCAUCCUCCAGUAGCGCCACCUCUCUCUCGCUCUCUGAGGCCCGUGACUGGCGGAGAAGCAAUGGGGAUGGGGAGAAGGAGAAAUGGAGUCACCGGCUGGAGAAACUGCGACUGUCUCGCUCACCGCCGCCGACUCUGUCCGCCGCAGCUCCACCUUCCUCAGCCGUGUCGCCCUCGGCGCUACCACCAAGCAGCAUCGGUGCCCCGAGGAAGAUGGGCAGGCUGGUACGGGAGGGAGGUGUGACCGUGUGCUCGUCUUUGGACGAGUUUGCCAGCACUCAUGGGUUCCCGGGAUUUUCCUUUGGACUGCUGCACCACGGCACAGACAGCACAGCGUCAGGACUUCCCACGGCCAUGGGAGGAGCUGCAGAUGGAAGGGGUAUGCGUUGGCACAAGUGCCGUCUAGUUCUGAAAGAACGAGAUAAGGAUGGAGGGGAUGGAGGUUUGGAGUAUUUCCUGGAGUUUUACAUCCCACCUAAGUCCUCCAAGCCCAGACUGACUGUCCCAUGCUGCUCGAUUGUUGAUGUGAGGAGCACUACAGCUAUAGAGGUGCCAGACAAAGAGAACACCUUCCUUCUACAGUUGGAAGGUCAGGUGCAGUACGUGAUCGAGACCAGAGAUGCGGUUCAGAUGAGAGCUUGGCUUAGUGACAUCAGAAACGCCAUUUGUUUGAGUGAGCAAGAGGAUGUUGAGGGAGUGUGUGGCAGUGCUCUCACCGACCUCAGUGGUAUGCCAGAAUUCAAUGCCCGCCUGUCUCAAGUGUGCUAUGGUGGAGUUGGUGGUUCUCCCCAGCUGGAGCCUCUACCUCCUGAGUUGCCACCCCGUGCCCCUCUUGAUGAAUCAGACAGUCGACUGCUUGGUGGGGGCGGAGCUGGUCUUGGCACACCUUUUGCUGAAACUCCUGAUGCCACAGGGUCAUUCCUGUUCUCUGAAGGUUCUGUUUCAGAGACGGUGGAACAUCCUCUGAGUGAGUGUCAGUGGUUCCACGGCACACUGUCCCGUCUUAAGGCGGCCCAGCUGGUGCUGGCGGGCGGCAUGGCCAGCCAUGGAGUGUUCCUUGUGCGGCAGAGUGAGACAAGGCGUGGGGAGUAUGUCCUUACCUUCAACUUUCAGGGCAAAGCAAAGCACUUGCGUCUCUCCCUGAACGAGGAUGGACAGUGUCGUGUGCAGCAUCUCUGGUUCCAGUCCAUUUUUGACAUGCUGGAGCAUUUCCGUGUGCACCCCAUUCCCCUGGAGUCUGGGGGUGCCUCUGAUGUCACUCUCAUCAGCUUUGUGGGGGCCACGAAUGUCCGGCAACCAGACUUGACCAGCAGACCCCGUAGUCCUCCUCAGCCACCUCCUCCCCCUCUGCCUCCCGGUCGCCCUCCGCCCCCAACCCCGCCGCAGGAACGAGGGAGCGAAACAGAGGCCGCCGGUGCAAGCAGCGGGGCGGAAGAGUGCGAGGAACGGGAGCGGGAGCCACCUCUCCUCCAGCUGGAAGGGGUGGAGGGCGAGGAGAGAGAAGGAGGGAGAGCGAGAGCCAUCGACAACCAGUACUCCUUCUUCUAAAACGGGGAGAACAACGAGGUGGGAUAGAGGAGAGCCCUUCACAAUCAGUUUUCAGUAUUCUCCAGUGGAAGAACUGACCGAUGGGUCACACGAGUUAUUAACACUAUUAAACAUGAGCUUUCAUGGUGCGAGAGAGAGAUGGAGAG